AUGACCAUCUCCUCUCUCCUCUCCUCAGUCUCCCCGGCCCAGCCUGCAAACGCCAUCGUCGAAGCCACCGGCCCUCCGGUGCCUAUUCAAGUCUUCACUCACCCCAGCGCCGAUGGAUUCUCCGUGUUCUUUCCCUUUCACGAUCUGGUGGCCCUCAACAGCGGUCAGCAAGACCAAUUCUCCUUCAAGCAGCUCAUCAAGAAUGGCAUCGAGGGGCAGCAUCUUCUCGUUCUCUUCACGGACGGGUGCGAGGUCGACGGCAAGCCCGACUGUUCUAGAGCAUGUAGUGACGAAUCCACGUUUUCCAGUUCCCUCGAGACCUUUUACAAUUGCAUUGCGCUGUCAUCCAUCUCGUAUUGGACGCGAGAGACCAACCGCUACUACAUAUCCGACGAGGCCGAGCGCAAUGCCAGUGGCAUCAUGGGUUCGAGUUCGCUGUCGUCGUUUGACGGGCGGCCCGUCUUGUCGUCCUUUGUGGCGUGUGCGCAGGAGGCCUGCGGCGCCGACGGUCUUCACAAGCCGUGCGACGACUCCAUCAAGAAGUUGAACCAUGAGACCAACGCAACCGUCAUCUUCAAGGCCAUGGACGACUUUUGUCCCGAUCUCCAGGCGGAGAUCAACCCCGACAUAUUUGGGCCUGGGGUCCUCAUAUCAUACGUCCUCCAGGUGGCCUUCUCCGGCACGCUCUACCUCUUCCUCAAGGCAUUCACCCUCUACGUGCGCCACACCCACAAAAAGCAGGAGGCCGGGAAACGACUGCAGCGAGCCUCGCCCGGCGGCGCCAGCGGCCUCGUCCUCACCCGCCGCCUGACGCGCAUCGACUCCAUCCUCUGGCGAGACUCGUCUGCCCUGUCCCGCACGAGCAUCGCCCUAGCCACCACGCUGGUCGAAUUCCAAGAGGCACAGUGCUGGUUCGUCUUCGCCAUCCAAAUCGCCUCCAUCCUCGCCAUCGUCGUCAACUCUCAAGAGGGCACCUUCUGGGGCGAAAUCGUCGUCAACGCCGCCGUCGCUUUCCACGUGAGCCAAAACGGCAUACUGCCCAUGUUCCUGAUCCAGAUUUGCCUGCACCACGAAGGCAUACGCAACUGGCAUACCUUUUUGGGCUUCUUUGUCGAAUACCUGCUGGCCAUUGUGGCGACCACGCAAAAGGUGUACUUUCACGACGCCUUCAACUUGUUCAAGCAGGAGAACAAGAUCGACGCGUGUGGGCGGAACCCCAGCCCGAGGAGUUAUUGCGCGUCCACGCAGGGCGUCGAGGGGCUGAAGCUGAGCUUCUUCCCGCAUCCGUUGCUGUACAAGAUGGUGUUCUUGGCGCUGGACACGGUCGCGAUUGUAUUCCUGCUCCUUGACCAGCUGAGCUGGACGCUGAGGACGCACCGGCUCGCAAGGCACAUGACGACAGGGGGCUACCGAGUGGGCACGGCGCCGAGCAGUGGGCGCCUGAAUCUGGUCUGGGUUCACUCGAAACAGUGGGUGUGGCGGAUCCUCGAAGUCGUGUAUCUCGUCGUCAAUGUUCUCUAUCUGAUCUCGUUGAUCAGGGUCAUCAGCGCCGACAGCUUCCAGGCGAAUAGGUGGUCGUACGGACAGAUUAUCGCCAUGACGGUCUGGGGACCCGUCAUUGUCAAGCUGUUUGACCUGGCACUCUCCGGGCCGCCCAAAAACGGCCAGCGACUCAACUCUGGUCCGCCACGUCUACGAAUCGACAACGUCAUCAACAGGCGGCACGGGACGUCGGCAGACGAGGAGCUCGACGCCGAGGACGAAGCCUACGGAACGGGGGGAGAGCGCCGGGUCCCGGCUCCCCCGCCGGACAUCGACUUGCGGCAGCGGUCUCGACCGACGAGGGAUGAAGAGGCCGACCUGGCGGAUGGCAGUGGCGACGGCGUCGCUGUUGGCCGAGAUAUCAAAAGAGUGGAAAACUAA